GGGCUUGCGGUCAUGGAUAAUGUACCUUAUGAUAACGAUAAAUCGUCGGGUGAUUAGAUAACAGCUCUCAGGCCGAUGAUUGGUUGUGAAAAAUAAUUCCCUACUAUUUUCCUUCAAUUCUGCAUAAUACCUCAUUCGCGCAAGUGUAUUCGACUUGAAAGUUACACAUUGAAUAGCCAGUGUCUGUCAAGCAUGAAGAACUACUUGAUAAUGACCAUGCCUGUAGACUUUGAAUUUACCAAGCUCCUUCUUAUAAUAGUAGUGCUUCUUCUCCUCUUGUAUCAAUACCUGAUAUACAACUAUAAUUUCUGGAGGUCGAGGGGAGUUUGUGGGCCCCAGCCUGUUGCACUUUUUGGCACUAUCAAGGACAUCCUUUUGGGUAAGGAUGGCCUUGGAAGUUACUCGACAAGAAUUUACAAAGAAUAUCCCAACGAAUCUCUGGUUGGCAUCUACUCCCGUCGAGAACCUGUUCUUAUAAUACGCAAUCCUCACUUGAUAAAAUCCGUUCUCAUCAAGGAUUUCUCCAACUUCAUGAACAGAAGUUUGGAAAUAUCAGAUAAGCAUGAUCCCCUCAUGCAGAACCUCUUCUUCCUCGAUGCUAAAAUAUGGCGGCGAUUACGGACCAAGUUGACUCCUGUUUUCACUUCAGGUAAAAUUCGUGACAUGUUCUAUCUCAUCAAUGAAUGCGGACACCAAUUAAUCAAUUAUCUGUUAAAGUUCGAUGGAACAGUAGUGGAAAUGCGUGCAAUAACUUCCAAAUUCAGUACUGAGGUAAUUGGCAUGUGCGCAUUCGGACUGCAGGCUGAUUCUUUCGGAGAUGAAGAAAGUGUCUUCUUGAAAAUGGCAAAGAGGAUUUUUCAGGUAGACUUGAAGUACUUUUUCAAGUUUAUUUUGCGGCAGUUUGCUCCGCUUUUGUAUACCAUUUUUGGUGGAUGGCUGAAGGAUACCGUUUUGGAGGAGUUUUUUAUUAAUCUCGCCAAGGAUACAAUUGAGUACAGAGAGCGGAAUAAUGUAAUAAGACAUGAUUUCAUUGAUUUAUUGAGGAGUUUGAUGAAAGGGGUCAGUGAGGUGGGGGAUAUUGAACUUACUGAUGAGCUGGUGGCUGCACAGCUCACUGUUUUCUUUGUUGGAGGCUCUGAAACAUCUACUACAACCAUUAGCAACUGUCUCUAUGAAAUGGCGAUGAAUCCGGUGAUUCAAAAGAAGCUCAGAGCCGAAAUCCGAGAGUACUUGGAAAAGAGUAAUGGGGAGAUCACUUACGAAGGGCUUAAUCAAAUGAAAUAUCUGGAUAAAUGUCUUAAUGAAACACUGAGGAAAUAUCCACCGGUUACCAUUAUAACAAGAAAGUCGUUAAAGGAGUAUAUCUUCCCUGGAACGGGGUUUAAGCUUCCAGGGGGAGUCAAAGUUUGGAUCCCAGUUUUUGCAAUUCAUAGGGAUGAGAAAUACUAUCCGGAACCGAAAGUCUUUAAUCCUGAGAGAUUUGGGGAGGAGGAAUUGAAAAAACGCCAGAGCAUGACAUUUUUACCGUUUGGAGAAGGACCGAGGAACUGUAUUGGUGCUCGCUUCGGAAAAAUCCAAUCAAAAUACGGAAUUGUUAAGAUCCUCCAGCAUUUUACUGUUGAAGUUUGUGAUAAGACAGAUAAAGAAUAUCGAGUCAAUGCUAGAGCUAUGUUCCUCACGCCGCUCAAUGGAAUUUAUUUGAAAAUCAAUAAAUGUCCAAUAUAGUAUAUUUUACGCCUAGGUGAUAGUGACGAGGAUUAUAAUGCGCAUGAGUCAUAAUCACUAUUUUCGCCGUGGCUAUGAUGCUAUUUUAUGUCAUUGUGGCCGAAAAUGCUUUUUUAUCCGAGCGAAGCGAGGUUAGAAACGCGUUUUACCGGCCGCAAUGACAUAAAUGUAAUGUAUACUCAUCUGAAACAGGAAAGCGAAUGUCCAAGAGUGUGUGUUCAAGAAAUCAUUUUUUUUUUUUUUUUACAAAUAUUAAAAUUAACAUUUAUUCCAGUAUGUUGUUUCUUUUUUUCGUUAUUCAUCCCUAGAUGAAUAAUAUUACCUAUUAUUAAUCAAGUAUAUUACAAAA